AUGCCGCGUCUAGACGAAGACACGCAGCAAACUCUCCGCAAUGCAGAGCAAGGAAUCAAGAGGCGAACAGCGGGUGCCUGGGACAGUUUCAGCAACUUCGCUCUACGUGACAACGUGCUCGAGGUAGCUGUUGGAUUAAUCCUCGCGGCCUCCUUCACCGCCUGCGCAAACUCCCUCGUCUCCUCCAUAAUCCUACCUAUAAUCUCCCUCUUGCCUUUUCUCUCCCGCAACCUCGAUUCCAAGUUCGCCAUCCUGCAAUCCGGGCCCAACUACAACGUCUCCAUAUCCAACGGCUACAACACGCCCAAGCAAGCCAUCGACGACGGCGCCGUGGUACUGGCUUACGGUGAUUUCCUAGACAAGAUUGUUAGGUUUUUGGCGAUUGCGUUGGCGCUUUGGGUGGUCGCGUUGGCGUACUCGAGGAGCAGUGGGGAUAACAUUGUGAAGAAACAGGUCAAGUGUAAAUUUUGUAGAAAGUACAUUAGUGAAAAGGCGAAAAGGUGUGUCAACUGUACUAGCUGGGUGGAUGGGAGGGAGGACAGAGGGUAG